GAGAGAGAGAGAGAGAGGGAGAGAGAGACAGAUGAGGAGGGGGAUGGGACACGUCUUUGUAUAGCAGAACGAGGCUUGUGAGGAACAGACCCAUAGAGAUACCCAGUGCCACUGGCAGCCACACAUGUACCCACUGCCUCCGUGACACCCAGAGACCCACACACAGGGCGAGCCACCCUAGGGUGCCACAGGCACAUCCUCAGCGGCACUGGUCCUCCCUGCUCCAUCAGCAUCACUCCCCCAGGAGAAGGAACCAUGGGUGCAUCCGAGAGACUAAAGUCCAGCCUUCUGCCUGCCAGCUGCCUCCUUCUGCUGGGUGCUCAGUGUCUCUCAGCAUGGCGACCCCAGCUGGCGCUUUUCUGUGGCCGAGUGCCACUUCAUAUGGAUCUGACAAAUGGGCAGUGGGUGUCGGACCCCCGAGGAAUCCCCAGCUGUAUUGGGAGCAGCAAAGAUGAGAUUCUGAAAUACUGCAGAGAGAUUUACCCUGAGCUACAAAUCACAGGAGUCGCUGAAGCCGCUCAACCGGUCACUGUAACGAAUUGGUGUCAGACCCAGAGGUCGGAGUGCAAAGGUCACCAGCAUAUAGUGGUUCCAUAUCACUGCCUGGUGGGGGAGUUCGUUAGCGAUGCCCUGUUGGUGCCGGACAAAUGCCGCUUCCUUCACCGCGAGCAGAUGGACGUGUGCGAGAGUUACCAGCAUUGGCACGAGACUGCCCGAACCGCCUGUGCUGCCGAGGACCUGGACCUGCACAGUUACGGGAUGCUCCUCCCCUGCCGCCUCGACCGGUUCCGCGGGGUGGAAUAUGUUUGUUGCCCCACCCGCAACCCCCUGCCAGUGGAACCAACCCAAGGCCUCCCCAGCCCCACGCCUGAACCAGAGGAACCGGAGAAAGAGGAUGAAGUGGAGAUCGAUGAUGAUAACGUAGAAGUGGUGGAGGAAGGAGCAGAAGACCCCGCGGGGGCGGAGACUGACCAACACACUCCCGCCAUAUGGGACGACUAUUUUGUGGGACCUGGGGAUGAGGAGGAGACCACCAGUGCGGCCCCCACUCUACCCCCUGAGGUUAAAGUUUCGCGCCCUACGGACGGGGUGGAUAUUUACUUUGAGUCGCCGCGGGAGGGGUCGGAACACGCCAAUUUCCUCCGAGCCAAAAUGGAGCUGGAAGAACGACGCAUGAAGCAAAUUAAUGAGGUGAUGAAAGAAUGGGCCGAGGCAGAUUAUCAAGCAAAAAACCUUCCCAAAUCCGAUCGGCAGGCAAUAAAUGAGCACUUCCAGACCAUCCUGCAGACCCUGGAGGGCCAAAUCUCCGCUCAGCGCCAGCGACUGGUCGAGACCCAUCUGGGCCGGGUGGUGGCCUCUCUGAAUGAUAACCGCCGGGGGGCGCUAGAGAACUACCUGGCCAGCGUUCAAGCCACACCCCUAGAUCCGGAGCGAGUUCUACUGGCGCUGAAGCGAUACAUCCGGGCCGAGCAGCGAGACCAGCGACACACAGUCCGGCACUACCAGCACGUGAGCAGCGCCGAGCCCGACAGAGCUGAGACCAUUCAGUUCCAGGUUCUCACUCACCUGCGGGUCAUUGAGGAACGAGUCAACCAAUCCCUGUCCCUUCUGUACCGUAACCCCCAGCUGACUCCUGAGCUCCGCGAUCAGAUUGAGAGCUGGCUGCGCACCGAGUGGGUGGGGGCCGGAGACCUGCUCAGCUCCACCCAGAAGAAGAUGAAUGAGGACAGCGACUACCCUGAGAUUAGAGUGCCCCCCCAGAACUCGGCCGAGACGUCACAGGGAGAGGGCUCUGCAGUUUGGGAUCUCUACUCGGACUUCCCCCCCAGUGAGCGCACACUCACCUUCCCUGGGCCAAAGGAUAACGGAUCUGUGAAACAAGUUCACUACCAGUCUGAGGACAUUCAGCGAGACCAGCUGGAACCCGACACGCUGGUCACCUUUAACCGCGGUGCUUUGAUUGGUCUGCUGGUGGUGGCAGUCGCUGUUGCCAUGGUGAUAAUAAUUAGCCUUCUCCUGAUACGACGCAAGCCCUACGGCACCAUAAGCCACGGGAUCAUAGAGGUGGAAGCUUCCAGGAGCCCCGAAGACAAGCACUUGAGUAAGAUGCAGAACCAGGGCUACGAGAACCCGACCUACAGAUACCUGGAGGAGAAUAACUGAGCAUGGGUGUGGGCUGGGGCUGGGUUAUACUAUUCGGGGGUGGGACUUUACUUCGGGGGAGGAGCAGCGUGGGUGGGAGGGGUUUGUGGGACUACGGGGAUAUUUUAAUAACAGGGGUGAGACCAAAUGAACGGGGAGAAUUGAUGUUGCCCUUACGAGGCAGAGAUUGGUUCCCGUUGGGGAUAAGUAGGGAGGGAAGCAACCAACUGUAGGAACACGGGGGGGGGGGGCGGAGUGGGUUAAAGUGCACGUCUCUCUCCCCUGUAAAUGCACUUAAAUUAUUUAUAACUCAGAAGGGAAGAGAAGGACCACACGGUAACCUUCUGCCGCCACCCAACCCCCGAGCUCCGACGAACCAGCCUAAAUAAACCGCCAUUUCCCGUAUCGUCCAAUCAGCUGCUGCCCACAUCAUAUAUAUAGUCUUAGGCCUACAUCUACUAAAUAGUGACCCAAAAAUAAAAAAAAUUUGCUUUCAAGCUUGUGCCGCAUUCUCCACCGCGAGCGAAACUCCCAGACUCCCUCGAACGUCCCCCCUAUGAGUUCCGCUGCGGCACUUUAGUCUCAGUAAUGAUCCUUCGGAUGUACGUAGUCGCCCUGGUUAUGCCGACCGUGGGUGGGGGGGGGGGGUCUAUGAACGAUUGGGUUGUAUAUAUAUACGUGUACAGAAGUGCUGUCUUACCCUUUAGGGGAGGGCAUGUCUUACGGUUUCUCCAGCUUUCAUAAACUACAACUCCCACAAUCCCCUUUGAGGCUGGGAAUGGUAGCCUAUGGCAGCUUGUGUGCGUUCGGCCUGCUUGUAGGAAUAAUGUUAGCGUCUUUCCUCUAUUAACUACCUUAUAUAUAUAUUUUAUUUUUGAUCCAAAGAUAAUUCCACCCCCCCGGGGGCAGAUUCCCACAGCACACAGGGGCAAUUAAAACUUACAGGGCUCCCUCUCGGCCAAUGAAUGUUGCCGCAUCCAAGCGUAGAACUAAGAAUGUUCCCUGUCUGCCCCGUAAUAACAUUUCUGUCCAUUGCCCGUGGAUCCCUUUAUAGACUCCCUGUUUAUAGAAACUGGGAGGAAGCCAUUUUUGAAGCCUGACAGUGCAGUGGGCGGGGCUUAGGAUGUUAGGAUGUCACGCCUUUUAAAGGGGACUACCCACUUAUAUUUAAUUCAUGGCAAUGGUGUGAGGACAGAAUGCAAUUCCAUACCUCUCGUAUUCUGGGUGUGGCUAUGGGUAAUCAGGCCAGGACUGGGGCACAAAAUAGCCCCCGGGGCAUUUACACAGAGGCCCAAAUAGCCCCCCCAGCAGCCCAAUAAAUAGUGACUGUCUAUGGCACCUUACAGCAGCCCCUCUGGCAUUGGCCAGAACCCACAGACUGCCAGUCCGGCCUAUGUGUAAUAAUCUCCUGCACUCAAUAGGCCAGUUUAGUUUAGUUGUUUAGUGCAAAUCUCAUUUGAGUAGUGGGACUGACAUGCAAUAGAUAGGGGGUACCCAUGUACCAAUCAGAGUGCUCCAAUAGGUCCUGCUGCCCCCGUGGCUGUAACUUGCCUAGAUCCGACCGUCUGAUUGGUUCAGCAAAAACACUUUGCUUUUGCAUUUUUUUUUCCUUUUUCAGCGGGCAGAUCUCCCCUUUAAACCUGGAUACCUGGGCUAUUAAACCGCUGAACGACUAAUUAGCAAUUAAUCAAGAUGGAAACUGCAUGGCUGUGCCCAAACCAGUACAGUCUGCAGCGGAACCGCUUUCUAAUGAGCCGCGCAUGAUGCGGGUUUGGGCCGGGCCCAGUUUAAAAGGGACGUGGCGCAACUGUCUGAGCUCAAAUUCCAACCGAUUGUAAUAAAAACCGCUAUUAAUUCAUUUGCACUGAACAUAAAAGAACAGUUACUAUCAGUGCGCGGGGGGCGGGGACACGCCACAUGGGGUGUAUUUUGUACUUGUAAUGAGAUAAUGAGUUUCCUUCCCUCGUGUUUGUUUCACUCCCAGCGACUAAACUGUAACAUUUUAUUCAGCGUUCAAUAAAGAGAUAUCAAGCGGGUAA